AUGUCCUAUGCCUGGGCUGUGGUUCCUGUGAGCAUGUUGCUCAAGCAGAUGCCUUUCCUAGGAAGUGCUCAGGGAACCCUCGCAUCCAUCGUGAAAACUCCGUCCAUGGCCGUUCCCUUCGCAGCGACGCUCGAAGCACUCGAAAAGCUCCCUGCGAACCCGAAGAAUAUCGUGUACAUCAUCUCAGGGCGGGAUGCUUUCUUGGAACGUCGUCUGUUGUACUCGAUCUCCCCAUCGAAUAGUGUGAUGACGAGUGCAUGGAAAACUCUGAGCUUUCAAACAACCCCCUGGAAGCGAGCUGUCGUGACGUUGGUUUCAAGCAGCAAAGGGUGGCCAGGCAGCAGAUAA